AUGACAGAAGGGACCGUAACAUCAUGGAAUAAGUUAGAGCAGAAAAACUUGUUGAAAGAGGUCAUACGCUGGAAGAAGGGUGCUGCUCAUCUACAACGAUUCACUCACACCGUUAAUGAAUGUCAAUUAACUAUUCAACUUUACGAGAAAAGCCAAUGUGAUGAAUCUAAUGUUACUAACUUUUUAAGAAAUAUCCUGUUGCGAAGGGAUACAACAGAAGAAGAAGAGGAUUUCUUGAUAUUAAAAACGGAAGAAGAUGAAAUACCAUUUGAUUUUGACCGCGAAUGGAAACGUGGUUGGGUUUCUUUUGCUGACCUAGUGAAAUGUUCUUAUAUAAGCUUGAAAGAUAAUGAAGUAGAGGAAGAGGAAUAUCAUCCAUUGUAUAUAAGACCUCAUUUUGUGCCGUUUUAUCUAAUAAUAGUUGACGAAACUCGAUUAAUAACUGUGACUCAAUUGCUUGAAACUGAUUGGGUUCCCCUAGAAACGUUUCUACGCUUCCAUCGAAGUCACAUGAAAAAUAUGGCUCAGACUUUACAAAUGUUCGCUAUAUGCCUGAAUGAGGUCUACAGUCAGUUAUGCAGUUUAUAUUUCUUUUGUCCUCUCAAUCUUACUGGGUUCUAUAUCGAUAAGUCUUGCUGGCUACUGUUCGAUCCUGUCGUUGCAGUAACUACUAAAGAGAAAAGUCUAAAAUUAGACGUUGUUACAAAAGAUUGGGUGACUGGAAAGCUUUCAAAUUUUCAUUAUUUGCUGAAGUUAGGUGAACUUGCUGGGCGAGUUUAUGGCGAUGUUCAUAACCAUCACAUAAUGCCAUGGGUCUGUGAUUUCUCCGACAAACGAGGCGGAUGGAGAGAUUUGACCAAAACCAAGUAUCGUCUUAACAAAGGAGACGAUCAAUUGAAAGAAAUGUACUUAAGAAGUCCUCCGCAUCAUAUACCUGAGCUACUAUCGGACAUUGGUUACAUGGUAUAUAGAGCAAGAGUUGAGAAAAGAGAAAAACUUUGCAAACACGUCCGUAGCAAGUGGGUGCCUCUGGAAUAUCCCGUGAGUAUUAGGCGAAUGUUUGAAUGGACUCCUGAUGAGUGUAUUCCAGAGUUUUAUAACAAUCCUUUUGUUUUUGAAUCGAUUCAUCCUGAUAUGCCAUCAUUGGAAUUACCUGAGUUCGCCCCAACGCCUGAUGAAUUUAUCAAAUGGCAUAGAGAAAUGUUAGAAAGUGACGAAGUAUCUUCUCAGCUACAUCAUUGGAUAGAUUUGACGUAUGGAUAUCUGUUAACAGGAGAUGAGGCUAUUAACUCUUUGAAUUGUCAUCUUUCUCUUGGGGAUACUCCCAGUAUUCAAUUGCGUCGUCACGGAGUUGUUCAACUCUUCCAGUAUCCACAUCCUAAAAAAUAUAUAAGAAAAAAGGGAGAGAACAUUGAUUAUCUUUAUUUGGAUGAAAUGGAAGUGGCUGCUUCUAUAAAUCAAGAAAAAGGUAUAAAUAAAAAAGAGCAGAAGACAGAGGAUAUGGGCGAUCUCUUACAGAUGUAUCGGAAUCUAUUGAAAGAUAAAGAAGAUAGACUGGCGAAAUAUAACAACCGAAUGAGAGGAGUGUAUGAGAUGCUUGCUAUGGUAGCAAUGGCUCCAUACACUUAUGGCCAAUUUGAUAAAGAACACGUUUUGAGUAAAUUAAAACAGAAUUCGAACUGUCUGCCAAGUCUUUAUGGUGAUAGUCUAAAAUCAGUCCUACUGGAAAAUGCCCGUCUCCCGCAAAUUCGUUUUUUCUCUUCCCAUUUUUUAGGCUCUUUGAAAAUAACAAUGGACAUUUUAACCGCUCAUGGGAAGUUAUCUCAGUUCUACUCCUAUCAUUUAUUACGUCGUUCUCCACAUGUGCAUAAUAACGAAACGCGUGAGCAAAACAUUCUUGUCAAAGAAGUUGAAAACCUACGUAAAUUUAUAAUAGAAGCAGACUUAUACGAUUUUGUUUUUAUUCCCCUAUUUGAGCGAUUGAUCCGUGAUCCUGUUUCAUGCAUAACAUCGGUAUACUGCCUCUUUAACAUGAUGUGCAAAAGACUUAGCCAGGAAUCUCUACAGGCAUUACUUCCCUCUCUCGCAUCACUUCUCACUUAUGAAUCUUCGAUAAAGUUAAUUGAUCGACGGUUCUUGCUCUCAGUCUCAUUUGUAUAUGGUACUCCAAUAUUUCUUGACCGUUUUCUACCUGCGUUGGUUGAGGCUGUUGCGUCUAAGCAUUUGAGUAGAAGUAUUGUGGCUAAAGACAGUCUGCUAUGGCUUUCGAAAAGACUUGGGCCUAUAGUGACAGUACGUUUCAUAACAUCGAAUCUUUUACGAAUAAUGCCAACAGCGUUUGAUGGUCUUUAUUUGGCAGGAGGGAAUGAAAACUUGAGUGAUGUGACUAGUUUGAACUUCUUACUAGAAGGUGAUGAAUGGUGUCAACGAAUAGAAUCAGCUUUAGGUGAAAUUGCUCUAUCUUACAGCAUUACUUUCGUGACGGUCCAAUAUUUGCCAUUUUGUGUUGACUAUACAGAUCAAUGUUUGAGGCGAAUGACACCAAACCUGGAAGGUGGAUUAGUAGGAAUUUUUAAAAUCAUUUCAUUAUCCAUCAAAAUAAUGAAAGAUCAAGAACUUAUGAAUUAUCUAGAGGAGUUUAUCGUAGAUAAAAUUCUUCUGAAGAUUAUCACUUUCUCAUUGCAAUCUACUACUCCGUUCUCUAAUGAUAGAAGUCGAGUUAUUAUUCUCAGUCGGGCUAUUCUACUCCUGUACAGUAUAGCUACACGAAUAGGAGCAGAUAACACCAGGAUGUAUGCAAAGAAACCUUUUGAAGUUCUGUUCAAUACGUUCCAUGAACAAACACAGAUGACAGAAAGCCUCACAGUCUCAAAGAAAGAAUCUUCUACGGAGUCGUUCAACAUCCCAAUUUGGCUGAUGUCCGAAAUGAUAAACAAAUUCGCGUCUUUAUGGGGAGUACCAUUACUUUCUGCUCUUUGCCCUCAUCCACCUUUCUUGGUUCCAUUUAUUAGUUCCAAAGUCUUGUCCAAUGCUACUGAGUACAGUCAACCAGCGGUAUCGCCGCUAGCUUCGUUCAAUUUUGGGGGAAGCUCGUCCUGCUCAUCUGGAAAUCGUUUGUUCUCUGCUCCACCUUCUUCUCCACCUCGGAUUGGCGGUGUUGGGACAUCAGAAAGCGGUUCUUUAUCAGCUAUUUGGUGCGCUCGCGUCUCAGCUACAGCUUGUUCAACAACUAAUAGCAAGCAAACUGUUCGUUUCGAUCAGUUGACCUUAUGUUCCUUCGAAGGGCAUACUGGCGCUGUCAAAUGCUUAGAAGUUCUAUCAAAUGAAAACUCAUACAUUUCUGGUUCAGCUGACAAAACUAUCAAAUUAUGGGCGAUGAAUCCUGAAUUCGAAAGUGUUGAAGCACGUUGGACUUACAGAGCUCACACGCGUCCUAUCGUGGAUUUACUGAGUAUUCACGAUAACUUCAUUGCUUCUACUGACGGAUCAGUUCAUAUUUGGGAUCCUUUCCGAGGAAGUCGAAUUUCUGUUAUCGACUGGCCGGAAGGAACGAUUUGUGGAUUAGGGAAAGUUGACCGUAAUACUUUGGCAACGAUUUCCAGUCUACAUUCUACCGUUAGAUUGUAUGACGUCAGAGAUCCAACUACGUUUUGUGAUAUGAAAAUAUCCCCUACCACGGGCUUGACUCGAGCACUAUCCAUUAGAAAAGAUGGACCCAAAAUGGCUGUUACAUUAUCAAAUGGCACUAUAGCUCUAAUAGACUCUCGGACCGGUAAACUAUUCUCUCUGAGUCAUGGGAAUAACACUCAUCCUACAACGGUGAAUUGGCUCUCAGAUUCGAAGUUUUUAGUUACCGAUGCUGAUGAAUCCGCUGUUGUGUUUGACACAGUCCCUCGUAUAUCUUCACUGAGACGUUUAGGAGGAGAAGUUAUUCUCAAUGCUCACGUUACUGAUGAUAUAUUAACAACUUUAGUGGCCAAUAGCACUAUGAGAGUGUACAAAGACGAACAAGCGUGUCUAGAAGUCCGGUUGAAAAGUGAUUGUAUGCCGGGUACGGCAGUAUCAGCACACCAUCUUCCGCUCAAUAACGCCUUCCUCAUCGGAAGCAGUCAAGGAGCGUUAAAAUUGAUGUGCUGA